AUGACGAUAACGAUAAAGAACGAGGAGGAUGAGAUGGGAGGUGGUUAUCAAUUAAAUGGAGCAUCCACCAUCCCCACAGCCGGCUUGGUCGAAUGGUCCGGAGGGUCGAGGAUGAAACUAAGAAAAGGGGAGGAGGAGGGUGACACGCUGACUGUUCAACAGAGCCCGAAUGGGCCUGGUUACAACGGGUUAGAUACAUCGAUCGAACAAGUCGUAGUGGCCGGACGAACACGUCCCCAGCAGCGCCUACGGCGGUACAAGGCCUUGGAAGCAUCAUGGGCCUGGUUUCCCAGCAGUGGCUCCGCAACCUCAGGUACCGACGGUCGCUCAGUCGGUCGACACGGCCAGUGGCUUGCUGCGACGGAGCUUUGGACUAACGGUCCGGUUGGUGGGCAGGGCAGGCCACCUGCGCCCGUCUGCUCCGUCCAAAGCACCCGGGAAGUCUCCCAACUUUCCCCCUUCGACUCUACGGCUGCCACGUCGAUUUCAGGCUACACCCGUUCGGGCUUUGCUCGUCCCCAUACCUACAUCCUACACUACCUACCACCGUGGUGCUCAUCACGGCCAACUCUCCCAUUAGUUGGUCGGACUCCUAUGUCAGUUGGUGAUGUGCUUGCAGAUGACGAGCCAGCCGGAAUUCAUGCUGUCCGUUAUCGCGGUCGCCUGUUGUCGUAUCAGGCGCAGCAGUCGAGCAACAGCAAAGACAAGAUCUCCUGA